GGAUCCCGUUACGAAGAAAUUCAUCGGAGUUGAUUCAUCAAAACCGGAUCCCGUUACGAAGAAAUUCGUCGGAGUUGAUUCAUCAAAACCGGAUCCCGUUACGAAGAAAUUCAUCGGAGUUGAUUCAUCAAAACCGGAUCCCGUUACGAAGAAAUUCAUCGGAGUUGAUUCAUCAAAACCCGGAUCCCGUUACGAAGAAAUUCGUCGGAGUUGAUUCAUCAAAACCGGAUCCCGUUACGAAUAAAUUCAUCGGAGUUGAUUCAUCAAAACCAGAUCCCGUUACGAAGAAAUUCAUCGGAGUUGAUUCAUCAAAACCGGAUCCCGUUACGAAGAAAUUCGUCGGAGUUGAUUCAUCAAAACCGGAUCCCGUUACGAAGAAAUUCAUCGGAGUUGAUUCAUCAAAACCGGAUCCCGUUACGAAGAAAUUCGUCGGAGUUGAUUCAUCAAAACCGGAUCCCGUUACGAAGAAAUUCAUCGGAGUUGAUUCAUCAAAACCGGAUCCCGUUACGAAGAAAUUCGUCGGAGUUGAUUCAUCAAAACCAGAUCCCGUUACGAAGAAAUUCAUCGGAGUUGAUUCAUCAAAACCGGAUCCCGUUACGAAGAAAUUCAUCGGAGUUGAUUCAUCAAAACCAGAUCCCGUUACGAAGAAAUUAAUCGGAGUUGAUUCAUCAAAACCAGAUCCCGUUACAAAGAAUUUAAUUGGAACGUCGGCCGAAUCGUCGCCGCAGAAGAAGUCAGGAUUGAUUGACACGUCAAAACCGGAUCCCGUUGUGAAUAAACUAAUUGGAAUUGACUCAUUAAAAUCGGAUCCCGUUACGAAGAAUUUAAUCGGAACGGCGGUUGAGUCGUCACCACAUAAGAAAUCAGGAUUGAUUGACACAUCAAAACCGGAUCCCGUUGCGAAGAAAUUCAUCGGAGUCGACUCGUCAAAACCGGAUCCCGUUACAAACAAGUCAGUUGGAAUCGACUCGUCAAAAAUGGAUCCCGUUAUGAAGAAAUCAAUUGGAAUUGACUCAUCAAAACCGGAUCCCGUUAUGAGCAAGUUAAUCGGAACGGCGGUCGAGUCGUCGCCGCAGAAGAAGUCCGGAUUGAUUGACACAUCAAAACCGGAUCCCGUUGCGAAUAAAUUAAUUGGAGUCGACUCGUCACAAAUGGAUCCUGUUAUGAAGAAAUUCAUUGGAAUCGACUCGUCCAAACCGGAUCCCAUUGCAAAGAAAUUAAUUGGAGUUGAUUCAUCAAAACCAGAUCCCAUUAGAAACAAGUCAAUUGGAAUCGACUCGUCAAAAUCGGAUCCUGUUAUGAAGAAAUUCAUUGGAGUCGAUUCAUCAAAACCGGAUCCCGUUGUGAGCAAGUUAAUCGGAACGGCGGUCGAGUCGUCGCCGCAGAAGAAGUCAGGAUUGAUUGACACGUCAAAACCGGAUCCCGUUGCGAAUAAAUUAAUUGGAGUCGACUUGUCGCAAACGGAUCCUGUUACAAAGAAAUUCGUCAGAGUCGACUCGUCAAAACCGGAUCCCAUUACAAACAAGUCAAUUGGAAUCGACUCAUCAAAAACGGAUCCCAGUACGAACAAAUUAAUUGAAACGUCGGACAAGUCGUCACCGCAGAAGUCUGGAUUGAUUGACACAUCCAAACCAGAUCCCGUCGUGAAGAAAUUCAUUGGAGUCGACUUGUUGAAAUCGGAUCCCGUUACGAAGAAAUUCACCAGAGUCGAUUCAUCAAAACAGGAUCCCGUUGUGAAGAAAUUAAUUGGAACGCCGGUCGAAUCGUCGCCGCAGAAGAAAUCCGGAUUGAUCGACUCGCCGAAACCGGAUCCCGUUAAGAGCGAGAUACAGAAGAAGCCGUCGAUUUUAAUCGAGUCGUCGUCAAAAAUGUUUCCUGCGAAGAACGAGAUGCAGCAGCCGUCAGGAUGGAUUGGAAUCGACUCGUCGAAACCAGAUCUCGUUACCAACAAAUUAAUUGGAGUCGACUCGUCGAAGCAGGAUCCCAUUCAGAGCGAGAUGCAGAAGAAGUCGUCUGGAUUAAUUGGAGUGGACCGAUCAAAACUGGAUCCCGUGACGAACAAAUUUGUUAGCGUCGACUCACCAAAACAAGAUCCCAUUGUGAAUAAAUUCGAAACCCGGAAGUCCGUUCCCCCCGAAAAUAAGGGGGUCGAGUUGUUGAGGAAAUCGGGAUCGACCGACCGGUCCAAACCAGAUCCCGUUGUGAACAAAUCCUCGUCGGAACCAGAUCCAGUCAAGAACGUGAUACAGAAGCCGUUCGGAUUAAUUGGGAUCGACCCGUCGGAAUUCGAAACUCGGAAGUCGGUUUCCCUGGAAAAUAAGGAAACGGAAUCGUCGAGGAAAUCCCGAUCGAUCGACUCGUCGGACCGGGAUCCCGUUCAGAACGAGGCCUCGAGGAAGGAAACAUCGGAGUCUCGUUUUGCCGAUUUCCCCGUCUCGCCGGACACCGGAAACGUGGUGGGCGGGACGACGAAGGCGACCAACGUCCAGCAGAGGAUCAAGGAACUGACCGCCGAGAACGUGGAGGUCAAACCGGGUCACGUCCGGCGGUCCUUUCGCUCGCGACCGCUCUCGUCGGAAUUGACGAAGCUUUUCUCCUCCCCGUCGGCGACGACCGAAACGAGAGCCGAAAGUUCGACGGAUUUGACCCGGAAGUACAACAUGGAAGCACAGGAAGUCCUCCCAGAGAAGGAGAGAACAAAAACACGGAGGUCCAAUGAGUCCGCGAUUCUGUGGAAAUCUCCGCAGACAGCGAAAACCACCGAGAACGAUGGAAAUUUUGUCAACGAGAGGCAAAAUCCGGGCGUCAAAACCGUCCGGGCGAUGAUGUUCGAUCACAACGUGGAACGACAUACGGUGUCCGCGAGUCGACUCAAAGCGGAAGCGGACGAGAGCGUCGAAAAAGUGAGGAAAAUCCCGCCGGAGGACGAAAAAUUCCAGAAAACGAGAUUCGACGACGACGAGGAGGACCCGUUGAGGUAUCAACGGAUCGAACCACGGUACGAAAUCCUCCAAACGGUCGGCGAACGGGUCCGGAGCGAGGCCGUGGCGACGGUACCGGAGGACAAAGCGGUCACGUUGCGGAGUCGGAAAACCACGAGAGAACGGCACAAGACGGACGGCGGCAUCGGCGUAAUCUGGGCCCGCCAUCUUGAAUUUCAGGCCGAACCGAAAGCGAAGGAUUUGGAAGACGGCGUCGCGAGAGAAGUGAUGGAUGGGAAGAAGAAAAGUUGGGGCGGGCAACACGUGGCGGCGUCGGCGAGAACGAAUCAGGAGGAGAAACGGAAAACGGUAGAAACGGAAAACGAGAAAGUGGACGAAAAUACGAGACCGUUGUUCCGAAUGAACUGGAAUAAGGAUCGGGAGCAAACGGAGGAAAAAACAACCAGGAUUUCAGUAGAAACGGAAAACGAGAAAUCCGUCAAUAAUACAAGAACGCCAUAUUGUAAGGAUUGGGAGGAAAAAACUACCAGGAUUUCAGUAGAAAUGGAAAACGAGAAAUUCGUCGAUAAUACGAAAAUGUCGUAUCGUAAGGAUUGGGAGCGAACGGAAGAUAAAACGUCCACAAUUCCGAUCGAUAUAACAAAUGAGAAAUCUGUCAAUAAUACGAGAAUGUCGUAUCGUCAGGAUUGGGAGCGAAUGGAAGAUAAAACGUCCACAAUAUCGGUCGAUUUAACAAAUGAGAAAGCUGCCAAUCUUAUGAGAACGAGCCGUGAGAAGGAUUGGGAGAGAACGAAAGAAAAAAUGUCCAGGAUUCCGGUCGAAAUGCCGAACGAGAAAGCCAUCAAUCAUCCGAGAAUGAGCCGUGAUAAGGAUUGGGAGAGAACGGAAGAGAAAACGUCCAAGUCUCCGGUCGAAAUACUGAACGAGAAAGCUGUCAAUCAUCCGAGAAUGAGCCGUGGUAAGAAUUGGGAGCAAACGGUGGAGAAAACGACCAGGAUUUUAGCAGAAACGGAAAACGAGAAAGUUGGCGAUAAUACGAGAACGCCGUACCGUACAAGCCGUGAAAAGGAUUGGGAGCGAACGGUAGAAAUACCGAACGAGAAAGCCGUUGAUAAUACGAGAAUGUUGUCCCGUAUGAAUCAGAAUUGGGAGCAAACAGAGAAAACGUCCACAAUUCUGGUUGAAAUAUCGAACGAGAAAAUCACCGAUAAUACGAGAACGCCAUACCGUACAAAAUCGGGAGAUUGGGAGCAAACGGAAGAGAAAACGUCCACGAUUCCUGUCGGAAAAACAAACGAGAAAACCGUCAAUAAUACGAGAGACGUUCCCGCGACACCGAAAGGCUUCCUCGGCUGUUCCGGAACCGAACGAGGACGGAAAGACGGGAACGAUCCUCAAUUAACAACGAGUGUGACGGGUGUUCGAAUGAAUCAAUGGCAACGGGAUGGAGAGAUGCGAAAAGACGAGUCCCGAGUUAUCGUUAUUCCGGGCGGAGCCGAGCGAGACGAGUCCCAAGUCGUUGUUACUGGUAUGAACAAGGCGGACGAGAGAGCGUGGAAAUCGAACGAGCGGGUCGUUGUGAUCGCGGAAGGAUUCGAACUCAAAGAAAUAGACGAGAGGGCGAAAAGAAACACUCCGAAACCCGUAGAAAGAUGGCGGAGAAAAACCCUACCACACGACGCCGUGAGGUUCGAGGACGUGGUGACGACGCCUCAAGAGAGAGGGAAGUCUCCCGUCCGGAGGGACUCGUUCCAGCCUUGGGAGAGUGCGGUCGUGAAGAAAAGUCCCAAAGAGGAAGCAAAUGACGUGGUGUCACCAUCCGAAUCGAAAUUGACAAAUUUAUCAAAUCGAAACGUUCCUCCGAAAAUACCACGUCCGCAUCAUAAAAGGUUUUCCAGUAUGAACGAGGGGGAACCGGUUGCCGCGGCGGUCGCGACGAAAUCACCACAAACGGAGACGAGGGUCACGGACGUCGAUUUCCCGAUCUACGGCUCGAGGACGAAGUCGUUGUCGUCCCAAAAAAGCCCCGAACAACGUCAUCUCGGAAAAGAUGGUUAUCGGUCGAGAGUUCUCGACCUCGAUGCCUUGAUGGCGGAAUACAAGGAAAACUCGAAUCAGGGACAACGAGAGGCGGAAACGGAGAAAUGGCCGUAUUCCGCGGAUGAGAAAAUACGAUAUUCCGCAGAUGGGAAAUUACAUUAUUCCGCAGAUGGGAAAUUACAAUAUCUCGCAGAUGAGAAAUUAAGAAAUCCCACAGAUGAGAAAUUACAAUAUUCUGCAGAUAAGAUAUCACAGUUUUCCACAGAUGAAAAAUUGCGACAUUCCACAUUUGAAAAAUCGCGACAUUCCACAGAUGAAAAAUUACAAUAUUUUAUUGAUGAGAAAUUACGAUAUUUUGCAGAUGAGAAAUUGCGAUAUUCCGAAAAUGAGAAAUUGCGCCUUUCCGCAAAUGAGAAAUUGCAACAUUCCACAGAUGAGAAAUUACGAUAUUUUGCAGAUGAGAAAUUGCGAUAUUCCGAAAAUGAGAAAUUGCGCCUUUCCGCAAAUGAGAAAUUGCAACAUUCCACAGAUGAGAAAUUACGAUAUUUCGCAGACGAGAAAUUACGACAUUCCACAGAUGAGAAAUUACGUCAUUCCACAGAUGAAAAAUCGCGACAUUCCACGGAUAAGAUAUUACAAUAUUUUACAGAUGAGAAAUUACAACUUUCCAUAGAUGAAAAAUUACAAUAUUCCACAGAUGAAAAAUUACAAUAUUCCACAGUUGAAAAAUCACAACAUUCCACAGAUGAGAAAUUGCGAUAUUCCGCAGAUGAGGAAUUACAAUAUUUUACAGAUGAGAAAUUACAAUAUUCUAUCGAUGAGAAAUUACGACUUUCCGCAGACGGGAAAUUGAGAUAUUCCGCAGAUGAGAAAUUACAACCUUCCGAAGAUGAGAAAUUACGCUAUUCCGUAGAUGAGAAACUACGCUAUUCCAUAGAUGAGAAAUUGCGACAUUCCACAUUUGAAAAAUCGCGACAUUCCAUAGAUGAGAAAUCGAGAUAUUCCGCAGACGAGAAAUUACAACAUUCCAGAGAUGAGAAAUUUAAAUAUUCCGCAGAUGAGAAAUUGCAAUAUUUUACAGACGAGAAAUCGAGACAUUCCGCAGUUGAAAAAUCACAACAUUCCCCAGACGAGAAAUUAAAAUUUUCCACAAAUGAGAAACUGCGAUAUUCCGCAGAGGAGAAAUUGCGACAUUCCGCAGAUGAGAAAUUGCGAUAUUCCGCAGACGAAAAAUUGCGAUAUUUUACAGAUGAAAAAUUGCGACAUUCCGCAGACGAAAAAUUGCGAUAUUUUACAGAUGAAAAAUUGCGACAUUCCGCAGAUGAAAAAUUACGAUAUUUUGCCGAUCCGCGGAUGUCUGGUAAGAAGACGUUUCUCGUCGACGAGGAGAGUCUCGUUCCUCCGCAAUCCCGUCCGUCGUGGUCAAGAAAGGUCGGGUCAGAGGUCAACGAGCCAUUGAUGGACAGGAGGAACGUCAACGAUGAGAACAAGAGCAUGUUGGGAUCAGCGAACGCCCUUCCGGAUCUGAGGCGAUCCUUCUCGGAAAAGGCCCGGAAGUCGGGAUCGCGAGGAAGAGGAUCUCCGUUGCAUCCGGCGGAACGAGGGAACGAGAUCGAGAAAAGGAGCGUUUCUCCUCCGCACGAAGAGAAAAAGCAUCCCGAUGGAAAGAAGAGAGGUCAGAAGAGGUUCCUCCUCAGUGGCUGAAGGAACUCAAGUCCAAGCGGCGGCUCAGCCAAUGGGAAAACCCACGUCUAAACCACGUUUCCUGUUUAUUUCCUGGAAGAAGAAGCCUUAAUUUCCCCCUGGAGUGCCUUUUCAAGCCGGAGGAGGAAGAGGAAAUGGGGAAAAAGCCCGGACUUCCUGUCAAAACAGGAAGUGAUUCUGCUGCUGGCCCCCUAGAGGACAACGGAGGCAUUGCAAACUGGAAUUUUAUUUUAAUUUUAAUUUUAUUUUUUUUACAUAAAGGAGAGAAAGACGAAUAAUGGAAAAAACGAGUGAAGGAAAGAAGAAAAUUGGAAACGGAGGAAGGAUGUUUUAAUUUUUGAAAAAUAAUUAGGGUAAAAUAAUUUUAAUUUUUUUAAAGAAAAAAUAGGGUAAAAUAAUAUAAAAUUAAAAGCAGGGUAUGGAGGAAAGAAUAGAAUAAUAAUAAAACUACAAAUAAUUAUUAAAAUAAUUAUAAUUAGUUGUAAUUUAAUUAAUAAUCAAAAAUGAAGAAAAGAUAAAAUAACGAUUAUUUUAACAUGAGUAAACAGUAACAAUUUUAAAAAUUUUAAAAACAAGGAUGAAAUAAAAUAACAAUUAUUUUAAAAUGAGGAAAAAAUAACUAUUAAAAAACAAGGAUGGAAUAAAAUAACAAUUAUUUUAAAAUGAGGAAAAAAAUAACUAUUUAAAAAAAACAAGGAUGAAAUAAAAUAACAAUUAUUUUAAAAUGAGGAAAAAAUAACUAUUUAAAAAAACAAGGAUGGAAUAAAAUAACAAUUAUUUUAAAAUGAGGAAAAAAUAACUAUUUAAAAGUAAGGAAAAAAUAAAAUAAUAAUUAUUUUAAAAUGAGGAAAAAAUAUUUAAAAAAAACAAGGAUGAAAUAAAAUAACAAUUAUUUUAAAAUGAGGAAAAAAUAACUAUUUAAAAGUAAGGAAAAAAUAAAAUAAUAAUUAUUUUAAAAUGAGGAAAAAAUAUUUAAAAAAACAAGGAUGAAAUAAAAUAACAAUUAUUUUAAAAUGAGGAAAAAAUAACUAUUUAAAAAACCAAGGAUGAAAUAAAAUAACAAUUAUUUCAAAAUGAGGAAAAAUAACUAUUUAGAAAAACAAGGAUGGAAUAAAAUAACAAUUAUUUUAAAAUGAGGAAAAAAUAACUAUUUAAAAGUAAGGAAAAAAUAAAAUAAUAAUUAUUUUAAAAUGAGGAAAAAAUAACUAUUUAAAAAACCAAGGAUGAAAUAAAAUAACAAUUAUUUUAAAAUGAGGAAAAAAUAACUAUUUAAAAAAAACGGAUGAAAUAAAAUAACAAUUAUUUUAAAAUGAGGAAAAAAUAACUAUUUAAAAGUAAGGAAAAAAUAAAAUAAUAAUUACUAAAAACCAAGGAAAAAAUAUUAUAUAUGAAUAAUAAAUGAGGACGAUAUGGAAAAAAACCAAUUAUUUAAAAAGGAGAAAAAAUAAUUAUUAAAAGAGAGGAAAAAUACAAUUAUUAUUUUAAAAUGAGAAAAAAAUGAAACAAAAGUGGACAAUAUGGAAAAAAAACAAUGGAAAAAUGAGGAAAAAUAAAAUGAGGAAGAAAUAAAAUAAAAUGACUAUAGGGAUGAAAAUAAGUUUUUUCGAAUGAAGAAAUGUGAAAAUAAUUAUUUUUAAAAUGUGAAGAAACAGAUGAAAAGAACUGAGACAAA